AUUCCCUUAACCUUCAACCCUCAAACUCAUUUCCCCUCUCCUCUCUCCUCUCUCCUCUCUUCCUCCAUGGCUUCUUCUCUUUCUCUCCUCUUCUCCCUCUUCCUCUCCUCCCUCUUUCUCCUCUCUCACGCCAGAAUCCCUGGCGUCUACUCGGGCGGCCCCUGGCAGGACGCUCAUGCCACCUUCUACGGCGGCAGCGAUGCCUCUGGAACCAUGGGUGGUGCUUGUGGGUAUGGUAAUCUCUACAGCCAGGGCUAUGGCGUCAACACAGCUGCUCUCAGUACUGCUCUUUUCAACAAUGGCUUAAGCUGUGGUGCUUGCUUUGAGAUCAAGUGUGCUAAUGACCCUCGAUGGUGCCAUCCCGGUAGCCCUUCUAUUUUCAUUACGGCUACCAAUUUUUGUCCCCCUAAUUUUGCUCUUCCUAAUGACAAUGGUGGUUGGUGUAACCCUCCUCGCACUCAUUUCGACCUUGCUAUGCCUAUGUUCCUCAAGAUAGCUGAGUACCGAGCUGGAAUUGUACCCGUCUCUUACCGCCGGGUGCCAUGUAGGAAACAAGGAGGAAUCAGGUUCACAAUCAACGGUUUCCGUUACUUCAAUUUGGUAUUAAUCACUAACGUAGCCGGUGCAGGAGAUAUCGUGAAGGUUAGCGUAAAAGGAUCAAACACCGGUUGGAUGAGCAUGAGCCGUAACUGGGGCCAAAAUUGGCAAUCCAACGCUGUUUUAGUGGGUCAGACCCUUUCCUUCCGCCUCACCGGCAGUGACCGUAGAACUUCAACUUCAUGGAACGUGGCACCUUCUAAUUGGCAGUUUGGUCAGACAUUCACCGGAAAGAAUUUCCGCAUUUGAAAUUCCCUCCUUUUUUCUUUUUUUUUUUUAAUCUUUUUUCAAAAUUUUCCUUCUUAUUUACCCGGGAAAGUUUUGGAGUAGUGGGGAAGAGGUAGAAGUUAAAAAAGUAGACGGUCACAGUGGGGUCUUUUUUAAAAUGUUAUAGCAAUUACAAGUGUGUAAUUCUGAAUCCUAGUGUAGGAAAAGUUACUGAGGUGGUGGUAACUACUUACUUUUACUUUUUCUUUUACCUUGUUUUGUUUUUGGUUUGUCUGUUGGGUGUGGUUUUAUGUUAGGUAGCGGUGGUGAGUUUGAUAAUUACCGCUGUGUAGGGGAGGCUGAAGUGGCUGCAAUGGUAAAUGUGUAGCCCGCAGCAUUUUACUACUACAUAUAGUAAAAGUUAUUAUGUUAUAUGAAAUGUUGUUACUAUUUC